UUAAAAUGAAUAUAAACAUGAAUACUUAAAAUUUUAGAUUUAACUUCUUAAUUUUGUACAAUCCUGUUUUAAUAUGUAAAAUAGAAAAGAAAUUUUAAGGUUAUUGAUUAGGUCCGUCGGUACUAAUCAUAUAAGUACUACUGAUCUAAAAGAACUAAGUUUAAAUCUAGAUAUAAAAUUGUUGUUUCUGACUCGUUUUACUUCUUUAGAAAAAAAAAGAGAAAUACUGAGAUAAGUUUUCCUUUGAACUUAUCCAUAUGAUUAAUGCUUUAUCAGAGAAAUGUUAUCUCGAUUGAAUUUUAUGCCUACAAGUUCAAGACCUUUUACACUGAGAACUUUAGCAUGUUCAUCUAACCGUCAUCCUCCCAAAGAAUCUGUCGUAUAUAUGAAACCCCUGUCAUUUUAUGUUCAUUACAGGUGGAAAAGUAGCAAUGAUAACCAUGAUAAUGCAAUUACUAGUCAUAAAGAAAAUGAACAUGGCCAAAUUACUGUUGCAGAGAAAGUGAAACAGACCACAAAAGAUGCUGGCUAUCUUGGAAUAAUCAUUGCUGGUGUUGGUGUAACUGGCAUUAUGUUCUAUGCCAUUUUCAGAGAGUUGUUUUCGCGUCAAAGCCCAAAUUCUGUGUACAGUAGUGCAUUGAAACUAUGCCGUAAUGAGCCCAGUGUCGUUGAUACACUUGGGGAACCAAUUAAGGGUUAUGGUGAACUAUCAUCUCGUGGUCGACGACGUCAUGUUAGCCAUUUUGAAUAUGAAAAGGAUGGAAAAAACUAUAUGCGAUUAAAGUUCUACGUAGAAGGUACAAGAAAAACUGGGACUGUACACUUAGAAAUGGUUGAGGAUGAUAAAUCAAAAUUCCAGUACCGAUAUUUAUUUGUAGAUGUUGAUGGAUAUCCAAAAAAGACAAUUAUUUUGAAAGACAACAGACAUUUAGAUGGAAAUUUUGAUAAUAGUGAAUUAAAUUUAUUAAAAUAAAGGUUUGUUUUUCAUACUUACCAAUGUUAUCCUUUUGUUAUUCGUUAUUGUUGUUUUUAAUUAGUAAUGUAAAAAUAACCAUUUUUUAACAAGAAGACAAAUUUAAUUGUCCUUACAAAGUCUGAACAUCAUAUUUGUUGCAUCUUUAAUAAAUGAUUAUGAUCGAAUUGA